AUGUGGUUUCUGCUCAACUGGUGCAAGGGAGAAGGGGUAGACCCAACUCAUGCAUUAAUAGUUAAAGAUGUUCCGGAAGAGGUCAGUGUUGGAACCAUUGAGGACAGCCUAAACACUAUAAAGCGUCUUGGUCGUGUCAAAGUGAAAGGGCGGAUGUUUGAUCCUGACACUCAUGGCCUUGUUGUGCUGUGCAUAUGUAGUGAGAUAGUGAACAUCAAUGUAAUCCCCCCAGAAGUGAGGCCCGUAGAGGGAGGCCAGUGGUCUUUAAGUACACUUAAUGAUGCCAAUAGUGGUGCAGCAGCCACACCUGAAUUCCCCAGUCCCAGUGAUCCACAGCUGUCCGCUCUUUUAAAAGCAGUAGGGGACAUACUAGAGAAAGUCCCUAGACCAAUGGCUCCAGAGAAUACAGCAUUUCGGCGAUUGCACCCAUUUUCUGGGACUGCCCCUAUACCCAAUGGAGCAGAAACCCUUGAUACUUGGCUUAUGCAAGCCCGUUUAAUGGUUGAUGAGUGUGAGUGCUCCGACAGUGAAAAGCGCAAACGAAUUAUUGAGAGCUUAAAGGGCCCAGCCCUUGAAAUUGCCCAGGCUGUUAGAUCCAGUGACCCCCAAGCCACUCCUCAAGCUUAUCUUGGAGCCCUAGAACAAGCUUUUGGUUCUUCAGAGUCGGGGGAAGAUUUAUACUAUGCCUUCCGAGCGCUGUGA